AUGAAUUGGACGCAUCGUCGUCCGUUUCGACAACAAUUUACUAAUGGUGGAAAUAUGAAUAAAAUUCCAAUUAAUCGACCACUGACAACAUUUAAUCAUCUAUCAAAAUCGAUAUCAAAUCAACCUAUUGAUGCAAUUCGUCUUCAAUUAGCUGAUUAUGAUAAUCCAUGUCCAGUUCAUCAUCAACAAUCUCAUCGUAAUCAUCCAUAUAUAACAACAUUUUCUGAUCAACAAUCAUCUGUACGACGAACACAUUCAUCUAUUCAUUCAAUUUCAACAGUUGAAACAGAUUUUGUUCAUCAACGAGUAUCAACUAUUCAUACAUAUCCAUCAUCAUCUUCAAUUAUUGGACAACAAGAAAUUAUUCAUGAACCAAUAAUGCCUGCUAUUGAACAAAUAUCCAAUGAAUCUAUUCAUGAACAAUCAAAUCAAUGUCGAACAUGUUUAAUGUUAAUCGAAAUUGUUGAUCAACAAGCUCAACAAAUUCGACAACAUACAGAACAAAUUUCUCAACAAACUGAUUUAUUAGCAAAAUUAGCUCGACGUUUUGCUGAAUUUGAAGAAAGUAUCGAUGAACAAAAAUCAGAUAUGACUACAGAACAACAAGUUACAAAUAUACCAAUUAAUACUUAG